CGGGGCCUUCAAGAGCAUAAAGACCCUAAUGCGACACAAGCUCCUGCACCACGACAGCAAAUACUACGAGGGCUAUCGCCUGACCUAUAUGGGCUAUGACUUCUUAGCAAUCCGUGCGCUGGUUAGCAGGGGCCACAUCAGCGGGGUCGGCCGCCAAAUCGGCGUCGGCAAGGAGUCGGAUAUCUUCGAAGUGACAAACGACGAUGGGGAGGUGUUUGCGCUCAAGCUGCACCGUCUAGGACGCACCUCCUUUCGCGCGGUCAAGUCCAAGCGCGACUACCUGGGCCGGCGGCAGAACUACAGCUGGCUCUACCUCAGUCGGCUCGCAGCAUUAAAGGAGUUCGCUUUCAUGAAGGCGCUGUACGACCACGGCUUUCCGGUGCCUCAGGCCAUUGACAACAAUCGGCACGCUGUGCUCAUGAGCCUGGUGAACGCACGGCCGAUGGUGCAGAUCCGCGAGAUGGCGCACCCCGCCCGCGUGUACCUGUCCUGCAUGGAGCUCAUUGGGCGGCUGGCGGGCAAGGGCCUCAUCCACUGCGACUUCAACGAGUUCAACCUGCUCAUUGGCGAGGACGAGGAGCUGACCCUGAUUGACUUCCCCCAGAUGGUGUCGGUCACACACGCCAACGCGGAGGAGCUGUUCGUGCGCGACGUGGAGUGCAUCGUGCGCUUCUUCAGCAAGAAGAUCGGGUACGUGCCGGAGAUGGACCCGGCCCUGCCGUACGUGCGGCCCGUGUUUGCGGAGGUGGCGGCGGGCGCGGACGCGGAGGGGGCUCUGGAUGUGGAGUUGGAGGCGAGCGGCUUCCAGCGGCAGCACGCCAAGGCGCUCGACGAGUACCUUGCGACCGCAAAGGACGAAGAGGAGGGCGAGGAGGAGGGCGAGGACGACGAGGAGGAGGAUGAAGACGAGGAGAGCGAGGAGGGCGAGGAGGGCGCGGCGGCAUCGGGGAGAGGCGCCGAUGGCGAGGGCGCCGGGCCAGGGCCCGAGGGGGAGGUGCUGGACGCUGAGGGCGGCAGCGAUGUGGAUGAGCGGCUAAAAGCGGUGGCGACACGCUCUCGCGCGGCGGCGACACGGAAUAAGGACGGCGAAGGCGAGGGGAGCGAGGCGGGUUCCGAGGACGGGGAGGGCGAGGACGAGGAGGGCGAGGAGGGCGAGGGCGAGGAGCGGCCACCGCGGAGAGCUGGGCCGCGGGCGGGGCGGCACGGCGGCCCCGGCGGCGGCGGGCGGCGCACGCAGCGCAUGGGCGAGGCGGAGGUGCAGGCCAUUGUGUCGGCGCAGCGGAAGAAGCAGUACCAGAAGGCCUCGAUGCACCGGGCCACUCGCAACUCCACAAAGAACAACAAGGGCAAGAAGGGCAAGUCGACCGCCGACGAUGGCUGGUAGGUGUUGAGAGGCGGGGCUUUGUGGUGUGGCUGAGGUUCAGUGGAGGUAGGGGAGCGCGGGGUGCAGGUUGCUGAAGGGGUACGUGCGCCUGUGCAUGCGGGGCUGCCAGUCCUGCUGAGUUGAAGCCAGCAGGAGCAAAGGCGCGCAGGUGCGCCCGCACAGCCAGCGGUGUUAAUCAUUGCAGGUUCACGCAAAUUAGGCAGAUUAGGCUAGACAGUGCAGGAAUGAGCAUGUGGUAGUCAGAAAGCAGGUACAUGCGCGAUGCAGACAGCAUUGAAGGUUUUAGGCAGGGAACUGUAUAAUGGCAGGUGGUGUGGAUGAGGCUGGUAGGGUGACAGGGUUGCUGAAAGUGGACAAAUGCUGUGCUCAGGCUGUGCGUUUCUUUGGCAUGGAGAUGCCGUAUGGAUAUGAGGGUGAGAAACCAAGCUGUGAAGGACCCAGUCACGGCAACCGUUUUGUUUUGCUCAUGCGGACGGCAUUCACACGUGCGUGCUUCGUGACGGGAGGUGUAAACACGUGUUGUU